AUGACGUCUCUCGAGUAUGACGCCGAUGACGUCGCGGCGCCGGGUGAGGACUUUUCCGCGGUGGAUGCGAGGAAGCCGCACGGAUCGGAGGUUGAUCGCGCAAACCGAGCGCAAAUCCGGGGCGGUCAAGAUUGCACGGAUCGCGGACACCCGGCGAAUAUCGAUGCGGCCAAAUAUCUGGAGUCCGCGCAUUGUUUGCGCUUUAGUGAUUUAUGGUACUCGGUGUAUCAGCUGGAAGAUCCUAUCAUCGAGCAUACGGUGUAUCUUCAAGUUUACGAAAAACGCGCCUUAAUGAAUGGCUCGGCUUACUGGCGGGAUCUCACCGGGGGCUCCAUAGUCAGAUUGGGCACGUUCAACAGGCGCCACAGAAGCGGCGAAGAUACGAUCGUUUUCGCUUACGAGGAAGCGAAAACGACUGGACGGACGGAGGUUCCUAAUUUGGACGUCGCUGGCGAUCGUCUUUUGGUACCGUCGUCGGUGACAUCAAAAGAUUCCGAAUAUCCUGUCGAAGACGGUGGAAACGAGUACCUCGUGGUGCCCGCGAGCCGCAUCAACGAGAACGGCAACGAGUGCGACAAAGCGGGCGUGGGAUUCGCAGCGUUCGCCGGCCAGCCGGACCGGUGCGAACAUGUCAGGGGGACCUGUUUGAAAAAUCAGCCGCUAGCCUACCGUAGGCACGACGUGGAAGCUCGGGCGGCCGGGCGACCCGGUUGCUACUUCUUGAGCAAUUUCGCAUCCGUGCCGAGCGAGCCCAUCAAGUACAGCGCGAACGGAAGCCGCGAGUUCCUUGCUCUGGAGUACCAUUCGGCGCACGUGUCUGCGAUCGACAUCGAAAUCAGUUACAACGCCGCGGCAGGCAAAAAUUGCGCGGUCGCAUUUCCAGUGCAAUUAUUGAACCGUCACGGAGAACCGGUGGCCACCAGGAGGAUAAGGAUACGGAAAAUGGAUCGUUGCUCCUGCGUGUCGCGCUGCUCGUGCGUGGGUGACCGCAGUACCGACUGUCGACCGAUGUCGCCCGAGCUUUAUCACGCGACAGGAUUUCGCGGCGCGGUUCCACUGACUCCUCCGAGACGCGGCAUUUUCUCCAACCUCACCGUGGACGUCCUGUUCUUUCUCAUAUCGUUAAUAUUGCUAUUGUUCUUCAUGGGUUUUAUGAAAUGGCUGAUCGGUUUGUGCAUACCGGCGGUUAACCGUUGGGGUUUGGAUUCUUUAUUAGCGACUGACAGGAUGUCGGAGUACUUCGAACAGGAGUUAAAAUACAAAUGCGUGGUGAAGGACGAGCGUGGUGCACCGGAGACGCGCGUCAGGAUAUGCGGCAGUUUGACGAGCGACGAGCGCCCCGGGGUAAUCUGCGUGAGCACUUACAGCGACAGUCGUGACUCCAAGAUGGAGGCCGAGGACACCGAGUACGUGAUGAACGAACUGAACAAGUCGGAGGAAUCGUUACGUAGUAGUCACAGUGGAAGUAAGAGAAACCGUCGCACAAAGGAAUACCGUUCGCGCCGCUGA